GCUUCCCAACUUUACGACAACCAUUAUGGCGGCUGCCGGUGGUGGGUUUGAAAGUGCGAGGAGCGUCGACGAGCGUAAAGAACGGACCCGGAUUUCCAGGACCGAGGUGUUGCGACAGGCUGAAGCCAAUUUUGAAAAGGAAGAAAGGCGUAAAGAACUUAAACGACUUCGGGGUAAGGAAACAUGGAUGCUACCUGAUGUGAAUAAGCGAGUUGAGCAAAUCUCACAGGAACACUCUGUGAAGAAAAAGAAGAAAAAAGACAAGCAUUCAAGAAAAGUAAAAAAAGAGAAGAAAAAAAAGAGCAAGAAACAAAAGUGUGAAAAAAACAAUGAGUCAACUGACAGUUCAUCAAGCACUGAAGAUGAGUGGGUUGAGGCUGUUCCCUCCCACACUUCUGGCAAGGAAAAGGCCUGGAAGGUGAAAGAUGAAAAGUCAGAAAAAGAAGACAACCAAGUUAUUCAGAGGGAUGAAUGGAUGACUGUUGAUUUUAUGUCUGUUAAAACUGUGUCAUCAUUAUCACUCAAAGCUGAAAAGGAAACUAUAAGGAAAACAGAGCAAGAGAAAACCCAAGCACUUGAACAGUUCAGAUUGCUGGAAAGAGAAUUGAACCCAUACUGGAAGGAUGGUGGGACAGGUCUUCCACCAGAAGACUGUAAUGAGUCAUCAGUUACUAAAGUAGUAGAAGAUGGUGGUUUAAGCUGGCUAAGGAAGUCUUACCAAAGAAUGAAGGAACAAGCUGAGAAACAAAAUAGAAAUUUUGAAGACAUUGUAGCUGAAAGAUAUGGGUCAAUGGAAAUCUUCCAGUUGAAAUUAAAAGAAGCUGAGAAAACUGCAUUUAUGAAAGAAGACUGUAGACGAGUACGGUGGCGGAAACCAGCAUACUCAGAUAGAGCACAAAGUAGUCAGGAAAGUAGAAAAUCAGACUUGGUAAAAUAUAAUAAAAGUUCAAGAGAUAAAUAUAAUACGACAGAUAUUGCAAAGAAUAUCAAUAAAGAUAAGUUUAUUGGUGAUGAAAAAGAUAGUAGAUCUGGGUCUUUAGAAGCAUGUAGAAGAGAAUCCAGUCCAAAACAAAAUCAAGAGUUUUCUUCUCAUAUCAAUUUGAGACCUAAAUUCUUAAGACCCUCUGAUGAAGAACUGUCAUUUCAUAGCAAGGACAGAAAUUUUGAACCAUCUAGUUCAUCUUCAGCACUGGUCUCUCAGCAUUCUGUACAUUGUGGUUUUCAAAAAUCCACAGAGAACAGUGAAGAAAGUUUAUCAUGGUGGAGUCGAUCUGAUGGGAGAGAAGGAGACAGGAAACAUUCAAAUCGAAAACCAUUAGAAACCAGUCAUAGUGUUGACCGUGGACAAGUUUCAGAAGACGUGAGAGAAAAAUCACAGGGUGAAAGCUUGAGAGAGGACUCUCUGAGGAAAGAACACCUACAGGAUACAAAGUCUUCGCUUGCUGGGAGUAGUUCAGUGGAUGACUCUAUCCACAUCUUGAGUGUUGAUGAGAAGAACAAGUUGGUAGCCAAGAUUAUCAAGGCAGAGAUGAUGGGAAAUAUGGAAUUAGCUGAACAACUUAAAGCCCAACUUGACAAGGCAAAUAAAUUCGAAGACACCGUAACGCAGAUAUCAUCAAAAAAAUCUGGGGUAGAGAAUGAAGAUCAGGAAGAAGUGAUCCUUGUCAGAACAGAUCAUUCUGGAAGAGUCUGGCCUGUGAACACACCACGAAAACACCUGGAAUCUAAAGGAGGAAGAAGGAAGAGACUGAUUGCUUCAACCUAUGAGGAAAAAGAAAGGGUCAGAUACUUUCAUGAUGAUGAUAUUUUAAGCCUAAAUGAUUUAGUCAAGAAUGAAAAGAUGGGAACAGCAGAAAAUCAAAACAAACAUUUUAUGAAAAUGACAUCUAAGUUUAUGGGAAAAACAGAUGGAGACUAUUACACUCUGGAUGACAUGUUUGUCUCCAGAGCAGCUGAGAGAGAAGGUUUUGGUGAAGAGGAUGAGAAUCAGAGGAAAAAAGCUAUUGCUGAGCACCGGAGUCUUGCUGCACUAAUGGAAAAAUGUCUGUAUUGUUUUGAAAGCUCUCAAUUUCCCAAGCACCUUAUUGUUGCAAUAGGUGUUAAGGUUUAUUUAUGUUUACCCAACUUACAAUCUCUUACUGAAGGGCACUGCUUGAUAGUCCCUUUGCAGCACUACAGAGCAGCUACCUUAUUGGAUGAAGACAUCUGGGAGGAAAUUCAGAUGUUUAGAAAAUCAUUGGUAAAGAUGUUUGAAGAUAAAGGAUUGGACUGUAUCUUUUUAGAAACAAAUAUGAGCAUGAAGAAACAAUAUCAUAUGGUUUAUGAAUGCAUUCCUCUCCCAAAGGAAGUGGGUGAUAUGGCUCCCAUCUAUUUUAAGAAAGCCAUAAUGGAAAGUGAUGAAGAAUGGUCUAUGAACAAGAAAUUAAUUGAUCUCUCUUCAAAAGAUAUCAGAAAGUCUGUACCCAGAGGCUUACCUUACUUCUCUGUGAAUUUUGGCCUCCAGGGAGGGUUUGCCCAUGUCAUUGAAGAUCAACACAAAUUCCCUCAUUACUUUGGAAAGGAAAUCAUUGGUGGGAUGCUGGAUGUAGAACCAAGACUUUGGAGGAAAGGGAUCCGAGAAAGCUUUGAGGAUCAGAGGAAGAAAGUACUGCAGUUUGCUCAGUGGUGGAAACCAUUUGACUUCACCAAAAGUGAGACGUUUGGUCAGGGCUCAGCUGGAUGAUUUGCCUCUGCUUCAAGAUGUCCGGGGCCUCAGCUGGGAUGGCUCCAAUGUCUGGAGAUGACUGGGGUCAUAUGUCUGGAUACUCUGUUCUUCAUACAGUGUAUGCUGAAGCUGGAAUAGUGGAAAGUGUUCCUUUACUCACAUGUGUGGUGCCUAUAGUGGAAUGAAUGGAACAGCUGGGGACGGGCUGAUAAUACUCUUUUCUCAUAUGGUAAUUUCAGGGUAAUUGGACCUGCUAUAUGGCUUCUGGAUUCCUCCAGAGCAAGCAUUCCAAAAGACAGUUCCAAGAGAUAAGAGGUGGAAGGUGCCUAUCUUCUAGAGUCUGGUACAGCUUAACUUUUGCUGUGUUCUUUUUAUGAUAAAGUUGUCACGGAGCCCACCUACAUUCAAGAAGAGGGGUCAUAACCCUAUCUCUCAGUGGGAGUUGUGUCAAAUAAUUUGUGAUCAUCUUUAAUCUACCACAGUCCACCCUCUGGCCACAAACUUAUACUCCUAUGUGAAAAACAUAUUCAAAUCCACCCAGGAAAUUCCCAUUCCAGUAGGGCAUUAGGCUUAGGCUCAAAAUUCAGGAUCCCAUCUAAAUCAGUCCCAGAUGGAGAUGAGGUUACUCAGGUGCUUCAAUCCGAAGACCUGUGAAUUUAGACAAAUUAUCUGUACCCCUUACACACACACACA